AUGUCCUCGCCCUUGCCACCGGAUCCAUAUGUCGCUCUCGGCCUCAGCAAAGAUGCCACGCCUGCGCAGAUUAAGACCAUUUACCGAAAGCUCGUGCUGAAAUGCCAUCCGGACAAGGUCACGGACGAAUCGAAAAAGGCCGAGGCAUCCGAUCAGUUCCAUCGCAUCCAACAGGCAUACGAAAUCCUCAGCGAUGAAGGACGACGGUCCCGCUACGAUGCCCAGAUCAAGCUCGCAGAACUACGAAAGCAGAACAUGAGCAACCGCCCUCCUGUCGAAGUCAGAACCGCUGCAUACGAAGUGCCAACGUCUGGCCCUGGCCGAGCCACCUUCACCGCCAGAGGACCCGAGAGAGUAUACGAAGAACGCCGACCCGAGAGAUCCGACUCGGACGACUAUUUCAGCGGCGCAACACGAACGACAUCACGAAAACACGAUGAUUACGAAAGACAACCUAUGAAGAAGACGGCGGUACCACCGAGGGAUGACAAAGAACGUGUUAGAGCAGCGGAACGCGACAGACGUGAAAGCCACCGUGCAUCGCGAACAACUCAGACGAGGAUGCGUGAGCAAGAUAGAAAAAGCGACAGAGACAGGAAGUACGGGUAUGGUGACGACAGCGAGUUCGAGUUGAAACAGGAAGCAGAAAGACGUAGGAGAGCUGCCGAGGAGAAGGAGCCGCGAGCCAGAGUGGACCGGGAACGAGAACGCAGGGAUUAUGGCGGUCGUGAGAGGGAUGAGUAUGAACGAGAACGGGAACGUCCGUCACGUCGAGAGUACGAUCACUACUCCCGUUUGGAAGAAGAAGCCAUGGCCCACAUAGGAAGGGACAAACGACCAUCACUUUCACGCAGCGCCUCGACAGCCAAGCCCGAGACGUAUGUUGACCGCUCAAGUCGAUCUACGCCCGCCUUCGUGCGCCGACACUCGGCCAAGCCAGAGUCUCCUCAGCCACGUCAUGAACGUGACAGGAGGCCGAGCGUGCCUGAUAUUAGCGAGGCCGAUGAGCGCCGUUUCGCAACUCGACCUACGACGCUACAUACCUCAACAUCAUCGCCGUCUACCACCAAGCUCCCUCGAAACCCAACAUCUCGCAGUGCGAGCAUGAGGAUUGAUGAUCGUGACCCGCCACCUAUGCCCAUUCGCCGCUCCGAAACCAUGCCCAACAUCUCUCCCAAGCGUGCUAAAGACUCAAAAGCCUCGAUUCCAAGGGAUACCGACUUCCUGGGCGGCCUGCCUACUCCAUCCGCGAGUCCAGAUUAUGUACCCUCACCCACCACCUCCCACAAGGUCUAUCACUAUCCCCGUCACGACACUUCAACUUCCCGCGAGGAUGAUUAUCGCCGCACAGCCGAGCGUGACUACAAGGGUGACUACGACCGUGACCGCACUCACGAACGCCGUAUUCACCAGUCUCCCGGCCCCAUGCGCGACCCUAUUCGAUCUUCGAAGUCUUCUGCGACACCUCGCUUCACUGCCGCACCGCAACCUCCACCAAUCAUGACCAACCCGAGCAGCUAUAGCAGAGGUUAUACGACCGAGUCACCCACCUCGUAUACCGAUGUACGUCCGUCACCUGUACGUCGGGAGAGCCAGCGCGACUACGAUACCUUCUCCAGAGCCACCGUUCCCAAGGCAAACUCAAGUGCCAAGUAUGACAGCGUUCGUGAUUAUGAACAGGAUCGCCGAAGAGGCAGUCCAAUUGACGAGUACGGUGGUUACUCAAGUCACAGGACUUAUGCGCCUGCUGCACGUCCACAGUUGCGCCGACAAUACACGAGCGAUUAUAGCACGCAUGCACCACGCGCUCAGGUUGCUUAG